AGAGACACGAGAAAUGGAAACCCUCGCGAGGAAAGAAAGGGCAGCCGAAGUCACUGAACGUGUGGGUGCACAUACUGAUGAAUGAUGCAGUUGCGAUGGAUUGCACAUCUUCGGCGACUGAGCUGACAACUGUGGAGCCGCCGUCGACUGCAGCAGAAGAAUCCGUUUCCGGGUGUGUGACGCUCGACUCCGAAUCGGAUGGGAUUUCGACCACAGUAGUCUCGAGUCCGGAGCCAGACGACACCUACACCUAUAGAACGUCGUUGGGAGAAAUUAAAGCAGAAGCAACAUCUGCGACGACAUCCAUGAGACCGACGACAUCCAUGAGACCGACGACAUCCAUGAGACCGACGACAUCUCCGGGGCUGACGACUCCAACGGCAUCAUCCACGCUUAAACUUUUUUCAACCAAUGAGGAGGCCGAGGCGACUGGCGGUGAGCAGACGACGACUACAGCCGAGAGCUCGCAAACGCGUGAAGAGUCGAGCACUUUGCGACAUUCCACAUCCACAGGGACAGGCACGACAGAAGACACAGCAAAAGGCCGUACAAUCAACAGUUCAUGGGCAGAGCCUCUUGGAAUGCGAAUCGACGACGAAGCAGUCAACAACAGGCAUGGCCUCGACGAGCCGUUCUUCGACUGCCAAGAAAACGACAUACCCAGAGAAAUCAAGAACCGCGAGCUCAACGACCGCUGA